GACCUUUUCUUUUUUCCUCCUCCGUUUCCCUCCGCAAACCACCCUCCAUAAAAUACACAGAAACUAGAAAUUAAACGCAAAAAUUAUGGCUUCUGAUCUAGAGAAAGAGUCGCUUUCCGAACUGAAGCUUCCCCUGUUCUCAAUUUCAAACACCCAUCUACGAAUGCAGUCCCCGGAGAGGUCAGGGGCGUCGACCCCGCCCUCCGCCUCCGUCCCAUUUCACUGGGAAGAGGAACCGGGGAAACCCAAGCCCUGCACUGCGCUUUCAACUUUUACGAUUCCGGAUGAUUUCGCCAAGAAAUGUCUGGAACUGCCCCCGAGGCUGCUUGUGGAUGCCAAACAGUACUCCUCGCCCACCACCGUCCUCGAAGGUCCGUACAUCGGCUGGUCUUCGAGGUUUCAGUCUUUCAGAAUAGCCAAAAACUCCUCGCCCUCCACCCAACUCUUGGAUGGUUCGACAUACAUCGGCCGGUCGUCGAGGUUCCAGUCUUAUUCAUUCAGAAUGGGAGGCCAGUGCUACGGUUCUUUCCGUGCCACCGGUGAUUCCAGCCCGGAACCGGCUCUGCCUUAUGAAUCCUUGACUGUUAGCAAGAAAUCCCAGAAAGAGAAAGGGAAUAUUCUUGGCUUCUGGAGGAGAAGGACCUUGACGUGUAGAAAAGAGGUUGCCGGGGGUAGUUACAUCUUUCCAUCUUCUGAGGACAAAGAAAAUGAUUCCGGUCGUCAAGGGGAAGACAUCAGCCGCAGUACCACCGUGAAGAUCACCACGAUUAGAAGAAUGGGUAGCUCUGCUAAUCUUCCCCACGCCAGGGCCCAUUUCUGGGCUAAUAUUUAUGAAGGAUUGAAGCAGGCAGUUCCAUGGAAGAAUAGAAGGGUGAAAAAGGAGAAGGAAGGGCUCAUGAGCUGACCCAUAGGCUGUAUCAUUCCCUCUUUCUUCUGGCACUUUUUAGGUACAUCCAAAUUGAGUGGUGUUUUCCCUAUGUCUUUUUCUGAAAAUGAAAAAUGAUGUAUCUAAGAUCACCAAAAAAAUAAAAUUGUAAAAUUAAGGCCACAUUAUUGCUUUGAUUCUCUCGUGGUUGUGGGGCUGUUCCCUUUUUUUGUGGGGCUGUUCUGUGCAUGGUGUUUUGGAUUUGGUUAUCAAUUGGACAAGGGAUGUCAGUAGCUUUUCUGAAAACUUAUGGUGAUAGUUAUAGGCAGCAUGUUCUUAGGCAGCAUGUUCUUAGGCAGUGAGAUGAAAUGUUAGAUCCAGCUAAGCAACCCUUGCAGGUUGCACGGUGUUUUUAGAUGGUUACACCAAUGGCUGCAGCCUACUUGUUUUAGCGUGUUAAUUUAUGUUGAAGUUUCCAAAUGUAGCAGCAAUAACCGUUGGGAUCUUUUGUAGAUAUAUUGUUGGGCAGAAUAAGUAUGAAGUAUGCCAAUGAUACAAGUAUAUUAGUGGUAAUUUUUUUAUUAGAAAUAAAAAAUUUUGACUUUG